GCCGCGCCGCCGCGAUGACCACGCUGGCCGGAGCCGUGCCCAGGAUGAUGCGGCCCGGAGCCGGGCAGAGUUACCCGCGCGGCGGCUUCCCGCUGGAAGUCUCUACCCCUCUCGGCCAGGGCAGAGUCAAUCAGCUCGGAGGAGUGUUCAUCAACGGGCGGCCGCUGCCCAACCAUAUCCGCCACAAGAUCGUGGAGAUGGCGCACCACGGCAUCCGGCCCUGUGUCAUCUCCCGGCAGCUGCGCGUGUCCCACGGCUGCGUCUCCAAGAUCCUCUGCCGCUACCAGGAGACGGGCUCCAUCCGCCCGGGGGCCAUCGGCGGCAGCAAACCCAAGGUGACGACGCCGGACGUGGAGAAGAAAAUCGAGGAGUACAAGCGGGAGAACGCGGGGAUGUUCAGCUGGGAGAUCCGCGACAGGCUGCUCAAAGACGGCGUCUGCGACCGCAACACCGUACCCUCAGAACGAACUGCCGUUGUCCCGAACUGCGCCGAGUUUCGCUGCCCAUUCGAUGUGCCGCAGGUUUCAUACCGAGCGCUCGCUAAUCCAAUUAAAAGUGCACCUGGCCUGGAAGAGCUCUGUAAUUAG